UAUUUUAAGCAGACUUAGAAUUUCUGGAGAUAUUGGGCCAACGCGCGGAAAUUGUAGAGAAAUAUCACAUCCCCUCAGCGGCUUUUUCCAGGUCUCCAUGACAACAAUUUGCAAUGGUGAAGAAUUCGAUACCGGGGGAGGCUGAUUGGGGUGCAUUGUGAGGGGCCUGGGGUCGCUGAUUGGUUCAAGGAAAGCACCAUAACUACAAGGAGUUUAUAUUCAUUCAACUUGUUGAAGUGCUCCUACUGCAGCCUCGACAGAAGUCUGAGCUUGGACUGUGGCGGGAUUCAUCCAGGAGUGAUGUUGAUGGUGGACUACAACUCCAACAUGGACUGAUUUGAUCCAAAUCUAUGCAAAAAUGGCGAACGCGGACAGUGAGGUCAAGACGUUGCUGAAUUUUGUCAAUUUGGCCUCCAGCGAUAUCAAAGCAGCCUUGGACAAGUCAGCUCCUUGCAGACGCUCCGUGGAUCACAGGAAAUAUCUGCAGAAACAACUGAAGCGUUUCUCUCAGAAGUACUCCAGAGUCCCCAGGUGCCACACGCACAGGUCUGCUGAGUUUGGGUGUGCAAAACCUGUGGGAGCCGCUAACCAGAGUGUGAAGGUCACAGAGAAGGCCAGCUUGGAUGUUCAGUCUGCCGAAAAGGUGAGGAGCGCAACGGAGCAGGUGCCUAUGAGGAAACGCCAGCUACCAGCCUCAUUUUGGGAGGAACCUAAAUUGACCCAAACUAAAGGAGACGACUCACAUACAGGAUUAAAGAAGAACCCUGCAGGGCCAUGUGCGGGCAGUGAAAAUGAAAAUAAGAAGAGGAGUUAUGAUGAUGACGCUAAGGUCACUUUGUCUGCGUCCAGUCGACGCAGCACUGCGGAUAAAGACACUCUGAAAAUGGACCUGAGCUCUCACCACUGUGUGAGUGUGUGCGGCUGCUGUCCCUUCCAGUACCACGGACACCAGGUCCUCCACAGUCACAUUGUUGUCCCCCAUCCUGCCCUUGGACUGUGGAGCAAAGCAGCAGAGACAGAGAGACCUGAGCAUCCUUAUGGACAGAAACUACACACGCACGUUGUGAUCAAACCCAUACCGACUAAACCCACCGUGCAGUCACCAAUAUUCAGUGUGUUUGGAUUCAUUUAAUUACCCUACUAGUGGACCAGUCACACAAAAAUGUGUAAAUAGGACUAAUUAUUUUUGAUUUUGUUAUGUUUGUCUUAAACAUUUGUAUAAGAGACACUUCCUCAAGCACUUACUGGAGAGCAACAUCUAUUUUUCUUGUUUAAACCUAAAGGACUAAGUUGCACUUGCAGAAUCACGUUCACUUUCAUGCCAGUCUGAUGCCUUCCAAGUUUCUGAACACUGACAGUAAGUCAAAAGGUUUUUACUUUCAGGUUUCUGCAGAGAAUGAUUGCUCUUUUUUUCCUGCAAAUGAAUGAGACCAUCCUGUUUUAGUUUCUCUUUGAACCAUGAGAAUAGAAUGUGGGACAUAGAUUGUUUUUUGUUUUCAAAGUAAUUUUUGAUAGUCACAUUU